GGGGCUUCAGGCAGGUAACAGCGGAUAAAAGCCGUACAGUCGGAGCCUGGGAAGGUUUACUCACAACCACAAAAGUAAAGGUAUCUUUCCACAAUAGGAGGCGACCCAAGAGAAAGGAAAGGAGAUGGAAGAGGAGGACCCAGAAGGAACUGGAACAGGCAAGAGAUCAAGGGAAAGUCCCCAACCCACCCAGGCUGGGAGUGGUGUUGAAUCCUGGGAAAGAGCUGUGCCAGAGCUCUUAUCUCAGGACAUGGUGACUGCAAAUAACCGCCACCGAUGCUUCCGGCAAUUCCGCUACCAUGAGGCCGAUGGACCCCGAGAGGUUUGCAGCCAGCUCCAUGAACUUUGCAGGCACUGGCUGGAGCCUGAGAGGCACACCAAGAAGCAGAUCCUGGACCUUGUAAUCCUGGAGCAGUUCUUGGCUAUCCUGCCCCAGGAAUUGCAGUGCUGGGUGAGAGGAUGUGAGCCAGAGACCAGUUCCCAGGCAGUGGCCCUGGCCGAAGGCUUCCUCCUGAGUCAGGCUGAGGAGAAGAGGCAGGCAGAGCAGAUGUGGGAACCAGCUCUAAAGAUGGAAAUGAAGUUCUCUGAGGCAGAAGGAGCUUCAUCAGAGGAAAGUCAGAGGGUGCAAGCGAAGAAGUGUGCCCAAGAUGCCCUGUCAAGUGGUAAAGGUGCCUCCUAG